AUGGGCGAUCACCACCAGGCCUCGAGAGCCGUGGACAAGACCAAGGAUCAAGCCAAGGAUCAGGCCGGGCGCAUCCAAGAACACUCGCGCGGCCUGGUGGAGCGCGUCAAGGAGCACGCGCCCAGCUCCCAGCAGCUCAUCGGGAUCGCCACGCUGGCUCUUGGCGGCCUCACGCUGGCGGCCAUGGGCGGCGCCAUGAUCCUGGCCACCAUCGUCUUCCUCGUCAUCGGCACUCCAAUCUUCCUGCUCUUCAGCCCCAUCCUCGUGCCGCUGGGAAUUCUCGCCAUCGUCGUCACCGGCGGGAUCCUCUCCACCAUCGCCUUCGUCGCCUCUUGCGUCGCGGCCGUCACCUGGAUCUACAAGUACGCGAAAGGGCGGCAUCCGGUGGGCACCGAUCAGAUCGAAGCCGCGCGGCAUCGCCUCAUGGACACCGCCACACAGAUGACCGAGAAGGCGCGCGAGUAUGGAUCCAAUGUCACAGGCUACCUCCAGCAGAAAUCCCAGGACGUCGCCCCAGGCGCGUGA